AUGGCGAUUGCAGAAACCAAUAACAAUCAUCCUAAGUUAUUGCCAUUGACAGAUUCUCAGGGGCGACACAAGAAGCGCGUUGCCUUCUCUGAAACCAUUAUCAAUCACAAUUAUAAAAUCCAUAAAGAUUCUCCCCGACAUCCUCCUUUCCUUUCUGUUUGUUUUUCAUGGACAUGCUUGGCUUUAACAACUCUUCUUCUUCUUCUUCUUCUUCUCGUCCUCGGUUUCGCUUCUUGUUCGAUUCUCCGUUCCGCUUUGCCUCAAAUUAGAAUUACUAAACUCCAAAGAUCAAAUCAUCCUAAUUCAAUAGGGCAAAGGGCGUUGAAUUAUGAUUCAAAUUUCACCGUCGAGUUUACCAACAAUAAUGAGAGAGUUUAUUUGUCCUAUGGAUCAUUAGCGUUUCAGAUGUCUUCGCUGCAAAAAAUAUUAGCGCAGGCUAAUGUGGAAGGGUUUUCGCAGGCGACGGGGAAUGUUACAACGUUGAAUGUGAUGAGUACCUCUGAGCGAAAUUCUAAAGUUGAUGAUCCGAACAGUUUUAAUGGGAGCAUGAUGGUUGUCGAUAUAUUAUUAACUGGAUAUGUAAAAUUUUAUGUUGGAGGAUUGAAGACGUAUAGGAUGCAGAUGGAGGCGAAAUGUGGAGGUGUUAAGCAAGCUGAUGGAGGAAGCGGAACUAAAUGUAAUGUUGAGCUGUUUUAUCUCAAGUAUUUGAAUUUUUGA